UUUGACCUUUUGGCUCUGGUCGAUACGAUUCAUCCCCUCUCCCGUAUAAACUUUCUGUGCUCCUACCGUGCUCGUCUGAAACUUCACUUCUUAAUUAUUUUUUGCAAUAGGGAGGCACUGACGAUCGGAUUCCACAUCCCGCGAAGCCAUGAAAAUCGUGCGAAGAGACCUCGUGCCCGGAGGCUCUGGGAGCGUCAAGAUGGUUCCUGAGGAUCCUGAUGAUCUUUGGUUUGCCUAUAAUUUGAUUGCUAUAGGUGAUACUGUUGUGGCUGUUACUUUCAGGAAAAUUCUAAGAGAAAUGGCCUCUGGAGGAAGAGAAGCUGAGCGUAUCAGGCUGAAGUUGGAAAUAAAAGUCCAGGAUGUCUGGGACUCAUUGGCGCUAGAUGUACUCAAACAGGCUUCUGAUCCUGCUGCAAGUGCUGAUCUAGCUGUAGUCUUAAUGCAAGAAGGAUUAGCUCACAUCUUCCUAGUUGGUAGAAGUGUGACAAGUAGUCGAGCACGUAUUGAAACAUCUAUUCCUCGCAAACAUGGCCCUGCUAUUGCUGGUUAUGAGUCUGCUUUGAAAAGGUUUUUUGAGAAUGUUUUACAGGCUUUCCUGAAACAUGUUGAUUUCAAUGUUGUUCGUUGUGCAGUGGUUGCAAGUCCCGGUUUCACAAAGGAUCAGUUUCAUCGUCAUCUAUUAUUGGAGGCUGAAAGGAGACAACUGCGACGUAUUAUUGAGAACAAGUCACGGAUAAUCCUUGUGCAUACAACCUCCGGGUUCAGGCAUAGUUUGAGGGAGGUUCUUGAUGCUCCUAAUGUGAUGAAUGUCAUAAAGGACACAAAGGCAGCACGAGAGAUCCAAGUUCUCAAGGACUUUUUUGACAUGCUUUCAAAUGAUCCAGCUCGAGCAUGCUAUGGGCCAAAGCAUGUAGAGGUUGCUCAUGAACGGAUGGCAGUCCAGACACUUCUUAUUACAGAUGAGCUCUUCAGGAAUUCUGAUAUAAAAACAAGGAAGCAGUAUGUGGAUCUGGUGAAUUCCGUUAAAGAUUCAGGUGGAGAAGCUUAUGUAUUUUCGUCUAUGCAUGUGUCAGGAGAACAGCUGGGGCAGUUGACUGGCAUUGCUGCAAUUCUUCGAUUCCCUUUACCAGACCUGGAGGAUAUAGAGAUGUGAGACCCUCUGUGUAACCACUUGUGGCAGUUUCUUGUAAGUUAAAUUUAUCAUAAACAUUAGUUAGAAAUAUGUUGGGCAUAUUUCGGAAGGUUAUUGUCUUUGUC